GUCUGUACUUCAAGAAAUAAAAAUAUUAAAUUGGGAUGAGUCUACAUUACUAAAAAAUCUACUAUUCUUUAUUUGAACAUUUUAACAACUUGUAAUCAUCAGUCUCUACUAUUUAUAUUCCUGCAUUACAAUGAGCUUAAUCAAUUUUUAUUAAUUUAUUAGUUUACAUUUUAUAUUCUAAUUUAAUUUGAAGGAAAAUGUCACUUUACUGUUGUGUAAUGUACAUGAUUUUUUCUCCUACCUUUAAAUAUUUCACUUUCUUGUUCUAUUUGUUUAUCUAAAAAUAACUGAUAUAAACAUUAGGGUAGAGCAGUAAAAUGUGCAUUAUAGUUUACUUGGCAGAUAGAUUCGAUUUAUCGGAGCUUAUGGCUUUAGGAUGUGAUGGCACUCCCACCAGUACGGGUGCUAAAGGUGGAAUAAUUUGCAUUAUCGAAUCGAGACUAGGACGAUCACUUCACUGGUUUGUGUGCCAGUUUCAUGGAAACGAACUUCCUUUGCAGCACUUGUUUCAGAAUUUAGAUGGACGAACAACAGGACCAGAAACUUUUAGUAGAUCAAUUGGCCUUUUAUUACAGAAAAGUGAAACCUUUCCCUUGAUCAAAUACAAACAUAUUAAAAUAGAAGUAGAUCUACUGUCGUUUGAUGUUAAAGAUCUAAGUACUGAUCAAAGAUACUUGUUGGAAAUUUAUCAUGCAGUUGUAAACAGCGUAAGUCCAAUUGAAUUAGCUAAUUAAUCCCCUGGAAAGCUAAAUUAUGCUCGCUAGUUAACAUUUGCCAAUCGUAUAUUGAGGUUAUAUGUUGGAACUGAAAACCCAUCACAAGAAUAUGUUUUGAAAGUUUAUGCACCAGAUUGGUUCACUAUAAAGAAAAACAAAUUAUGCUCUGAUGGUGCACACAAUCAUUGGAAACUUAGUAAAUAUUCUAGAUUUAUGAAAAGAUAAUAUUUAAAGUUCAUAGAUCCUGUCAUUCAGCGCAAUGCUUUUUUUGCGCAUGCAGAAAACAAGUGUUUGAAUCUUUAAAGUACCAACAUUUAACUCUAAAGCAAAUGAUUACAGGCAUGAGAUGAUUAACUGGCAAAACCUAACAAUAACCGAACCACCGUCUUUUCGUAAUAAAACAGACGCAGAUCUUGAAGACGCAAUUCGAAUUAAAAGAAUGUUUGAUAUUCCGAAAUUUCCUUGCCACACCUAAGCCGUGGAACAAGUCAUUUAGCUUGUUACUGAGGCUUCUUCAUUGGUGAGUGGAUCCAGAAGAUGAGAUGGCUUUAUAAAAGCCAAACUAAAGUUCCAAAUUUUAAUGCCAUCUUUUGAAACCAAAAAAGAAUAUAAAUUUGAAAAGUAAUUAAUUGUUCAUCACUUUUAAGAUCGUGAAUUAAUUUAAGAUCCUAGCAUCGGUUGGGAGGUUGGGCUGGGAUUGGGUGGAGCUCCAAGUGGUGAGCUCUGGGUUACUUUGUUUUUAUUUAAACAAAGUAAGCGAGGAACUGCUUCGAAGAGUUAAGACAUUUAUGAAUUUUAUUACUUCUGGCGGACCCUGUAUAAAUUAAUUUUUUUUAAACUCUAAUUUUGCCAUGUAAGGAUAUUUAUUAUCCAUUGGUUUUUUACUAUGAGACAACAAAAAAAUAGUAAAAAUAUGUUUUGUUUCGUCUGAAAGAAAAUAAACUUUUUUUUCU